AUGCUGUUUGUCAACUUACCUCAGAGGGUCGUGAGUGCACUCGAACGGUAUGGUCGCGUUGGUGUGCAUAGCGAUGGCAGAAUGCAUGCAGUCCCUUUUGCACCGAAUGAAUUUGAAAACAUGGAACCGCGUACCAGCGGAGGCAUCAAUCCUUUGCAGCGAAGAGUUCUAAGUGCUCUGGAGAAGUCAUCUGAAGUCAUCAUAAAGAGAGACGCAAGUGACGAUGAGUUUCCUGCGGACCUG